CUUGUACAGUAUAAAUAAAGUCGGGGUUUAUAAAUGUGUCUCUUUGACACAUGGCCGUUGGCGCAUACAGGCUAGAGAGAUAAAGAGAUCACUGAUCCUUCAUCACAAGCACUGUCAACGAAGCAACAACAACCGACUGCCUCUCUUUUCCCUUUCUCAAGACCCUCAGUCUCUCUCACAACCCUGUUCUCUUCCACACUUCCCAUCUUCCUCCCUUCGACCAUGGCUCCGACGCUGGCCACGGCGUUCGCCCGUCGUUGGUGGAUGGCGGUGACUGCUAUCAUUGAGAAUCUCCUCUUUUCUGCUGUGCUCUUGGGAUGGGGAUCACUCCUCAUUAUGCUCAAGUCUGAGGGCUUCUACUCAUACCUGUGUAGCGACGAAGGCAACAGCUCCAGCUACAAUCUAUCCCUGGAGACAACACAGGCGCCCGACGAGUAUGCUGACUACUAUGAAGAGAGCGAGGGGCCCGUGGUGGCCCUGGGGGAUGGAGUGGAGAUGAAGCCCCUGGUCCCGGCGGAUGGGCUCCUGAGGAUGAAUGGCUGGCUAAUCUGUAAGGAGCAGGAUGAGAUGUUGAACCUAGCCUUCACUGUAGGCUCAUUCCUCCUAUCUGCCAUCACACUACCACUGGGAAUUGUCAUGGACAAAUAUGGACCUCGGAAACUCAGACUAUUGGGCAGCACAUGCUUUGGCUUGUCUUGUCUGCUCAUUGCUUACGGCGCCUACCAACCCAACGAACUUUCUGUUCUUAUCUUUAUCGCCCUGACCUUCAAUGGGUUUGGUGGUAUGUGCAUGACCUUCACCUCCCUCACGUUGCCGAACAUGUUUGGGAAUCUGCGGUCCACUUUUAUUGCCCUGAUGAUUGGUUCCUAUGCUUCCUCUGCUGUCACCUUCCCUGGUGUCAAGGUGAUCUAUGACUUUGGUGUACCAUUCAUCACUAUUUUGGUGGUCUGGGCAGCCUGCGCUGGACUUGUCUUCCUGAACUGCUUCUUUAACUGGCCCAUGGAACCCUUCCCAGGUCCAGAGGACAUGGACUACACUAUCAAGAUAAAGUUCAGCUGGCUGGGUUUUGACCACAAAAUCACAGGCAAGCAGUUCUACCGCCAAGUCACCACAGUGGGGCGUCGUCUAAGUGUGGGCAACAGCCUGGUGCAGAAAGAUUUGCCAACCAAGGAGGGCAAGCUCUGUCUUUCCACCAUGGACCUGGAGUUAGACGAAAAGCCCAAAGAAGAGUCCCAAUCGUUCUUGAAAACCAUCAUCAGCCCGAUUUUCCUGCUCAGCCUGGUGACCAUGUCGGUCACUCAGCUGCGUCUCUUGUUCUACAUGGGGGCCAUGAACAGCGUUCUGGAGGUGCUAAGUGAUGGGGAUCUCAACACAGUGGAAAGAAUGGAACUUGUGAGUUUGUACUCGUCCAUCUUCGGCGUGCUUCAGUUGCUUUGCCUCAUGACCACUCCUGUGAUUGGUCAGAUCAUGGACUGGAAGCUGAAGGAUUGUGACGAUGGAGAGGAAUCAAAGGAGCUGUGCAGCAAGGAUGAACCAAAGAAAAAGGGAAGAGACAGAAAGACCCAGAAGGUGACCAACGCCCUGCGAGCAUUUGUGCUUACGAAUGUCCUUUUGGUGGGCUUUGGGAUCACUUGUCUGAUACCUAACCUCCCUCUCCAGAUCGUGUCAUUUGUCUUGCACACCGUGGUGAGAGGAUUCAUUCACUCGGCUGUCGGCGGCCUUUAUGCUGCUGUGUACCCCUCCUCGCAGUUUGGCAGUCUAACAGGCAUGCAGUCACUCGUCAGCGCUGUCUUUGCUUUACUGCAGCAGCCCCUCUUUCUGGCUAUGAUGGGACCCCUGGAGGGAGACCCAUUCUGGGUCAAUAUCGGCCUGCUCGCUCUCAGCAUGCUGGGCUUCCUGCUGCCUCUCUACCUGGUUUGCUACAGACAGAUGCUCCACAAAGAGCGGCACGAGAAGGAGAAUAACGCCAAGAUCUAUAUCAAAAUCAACGGAUCUGACAUCCCAGAGGCCUUUGUUUAAUUGCACAGAGCAACCACAACACUGUGGAAAAAUAAUGACAAACAUCUGAUUGGUGCACCAUGCAAAGUGACAAAUCCACUUUAGCGAUGGCAUUCUUAUCGGACUAAUGUGUAUUGAGCAUGUAAACACACCAAGACCCUCUUGUUUAAAGUUUGUGGUGUGGAAUUGUAACACAAAUCCGUGAAAAGGAUAAACGAAGCGGAAGAGGAAAGACUGUGAAAGGAAAGAGGCAUCAGCACUCUGUAGUCCACCAUUCCUCGACUUGAUUUUGUCAUGUUUUUGUCCGGUGAAACGUCUUAACUUUAAUGCUUAGACGUUCUUUAACUAUCUUUGUGAGUGAUUAUGAGGGAGUACAUGGGCCACAAAAACUACUUUGAGAAAACUGUAAUGUUACAAGAGAAAAGUCAGAACAUUACAAGGAGGAAAAAAAAAACCAUACUUUUAAUUGUAAUGUUAUUAAAUUUGCAACUACACAGCUACAAAUAUUGAAAGAUAUGAACCAAACUUUACACAAUGUUAAGUUUCAGAUUUUUUUUUCUUAUGAUAUUUUGACUUUAUUCUCAGAAUUGUGUUACUGCUGUUUUAUUGAGACCCCAGUAAUCCUUUGUAAGGAGUAUCACACUCGUUUUCUUCUUUGAUUCAGAGUUUUGGAGGAUUUUAAUUUAAAGACCACUUGCAUUCCAUUUUAAUUUAAUUAAGAAUGUAAGUACAGUCUGAACUACCGUAUGUCUUUAAUUUUGUUUAUGUUUCUUUGGUCAUUUUUGUGUAUUGGUCUACCUUUUCCAAAUUUAAUUGGCUUACAUUGUUUUCAAGUAAGUACUUUACUGUAGAUGUGUCAGGUCUUUAAGGCUUGUUUUACAAAGGACAUCACGCAAACUGCAUUAUUGUUAUUGCUGAAAGCAAAGUAAACAUUUCAAUAUUUAUUUUGUGUCUUUUUUUUUGGUACUUUAAGUCUACCAGACGUGCCUUACGGAUUUUAUUAAAGACAGUAGAUUGCUCUCUGAUGAAUAACAACGAGCCAUGACAUUUAUUCUGAUGAGGUUAAAAUCUUCAGACAACGCUUGAAGAAAUGAAACUUUACACGCAUUCCAACCAAUAAACAUUUACAAGUA